UGCCGAAUGGAAAGCUUAAAACUUCCAUGUGCAUAAACAACUACUGUUACUGCAAUAAAACAGAAGAAAGCAUGAAGAGGUCCGAAAUGGAAUGCAACUACAGAGCGUGUUUGAAAGAGUGCAAACAUAAAGGUCCUCAUAAAGUACUUCUGCAAGCCAGAUGCAACAGUCACAAUGAAUGCGACUGCGUGUACGAAGAGGAUGAAGAUGCUCGCAGUGUUUUCGACUUCCUCAAAGUAUGGAAUUCAUUUAAGCAAAGAAAUGAGAGGUCAGAAAUGGAUGAAGAUGAUCACAGUGUUUUCGACUUCCUGAAAAUGUGGUAUUCGUUUGUACGUAAGCUGCUGUAGUCAUGUGACUUUGUGCAGCCGUUAUGGUUGCAGCCAUGAAUCAUUAAAGUUUUUUCAA